AUGGCAAACCCAUGGGGUAAUCAUGACGGGUUGCAUGAUGAUGACCCAUAUCGGCGCCCUACGCUUGCUUACUAUUGGGAACAAGUGACAGUCUACACAGGAAGCUCGCAUGUGCGAUACAAGUGCUAUAUGAAUGAGCUGGACACCUUGACUGCUGAGCAGGUACAUUGGUUGCCUUAUGUGGAAGAUCGUGACUUUGAUCUUAAUGAGAUGUGCACGCGUGAUAGCCAUCUUUGGCGGGCGAGGUGCCCAAUGAUAUGCUUCUUCGCAGUCGAGUGGCACUUUGUAGACCGUGUGGCAAGACAAUUUGGAAAAAGACAAGGUAUUCCAAUUGAGGAGAGCAAGGAGGAAAUGCUAUCUCUGCAUCGGUUCGAUCGAAGGAACAAUCAGGAUAUAUCGGAUUGGGCAAACAAACACCGUGCGUGGAUAGAAAUUUGGAAUCAAAGAGACACGUUAGUGCAAUCAGAGAAUAGACCUCACAAUCAGUCAGCAUAUCAGAAGUAUCAAGUGUGGUAUGCGGAUCGUUACCGGUUAAAGCUGAAGCCAGGUUGGACUCACGAGGAGUGGUCGGAGUUGGUGUCUGAAGACCCGGAGACUGCAGAAGGUUAUCAUACCUUCGACACGGCUGUGAGAGACACCAGAGGGGCUCAUGUUGACUACGCACCGAUGCAUGACGAAAUGGUAGUCUGUUUGACCUAUUCUAACAUACUUGCAUCAUGUUGUCUUCUUUCAAAUACAUAA